AUGCAUGCCUUUGGAUACAUGGGUCUCUGGAGGAGAACAGUGGCUGCUUGCAAAGACUUUGUCGUUCGACAGCCGCAUGCUGAUGGCAAAGCUAAUGUGAUUGGUCGGGUGUCUCGGAACCUAGAGGCGCAAGUGCCAACUGGUAUUGCUCCAGACGCGCUCAGCAGCGAAGUUCGGCGCACCAGCGCCAAGGCUGCACUUCGGCUCCGUACGCCCAGUCCCACACGAAGCUUUCGAACUUUCGAGCCAGUGCUGCAGACGAGGCCUCCCCGCUACAAUGUGCCAGUGCACACAAGGUUACAACAGGCAAGCUUCCCGCAUGGAUCCACAGAGGCAUCGGUGCAGCAUGCACUACUGAGCUUUGGUACUCGGGCCGAGCCCUUGCUUUCAAAGCUGGCGGCCCUGUCGCAAUCUCUCAGGGCAGCCAAGCAGAAGGCCGUGGAGCAAAGCCACGAGAACAUCCGCUUGAAACACCAGGUGGAAAAGCAUGCCGGUAUGUGCCUGAAGUUGGCUGACCUCAAAAAGCAGAAUCUCUUCUUUGAAGAGAGGAGGCGGCAGCUCCAACAGCAGGACGAGGUGUUGAUGAGCACAAACCGCUCCCAGCUGGAAAGGUUCCGCAUGGCCUCAGAAGAUCUGGCAGCUGCCAGGCAGCGCCUUCACGACGGAACCCCCGCGACGCCUAGAACUAGGCUUGAAAUGCAAGCAUGGACCUCUUCUGAUGCGGAGGAAAAAGUCGCUUGA